AUGUUAGGUAGAACAUAUAAACAAAUAAUAAACAAUAAUAAUAGAUUGUUUACUCAACAUUGUAGAUUUUCAACGGUUGGUUCAGCACAGACAACAGGAAAUAAAGUUAGUUUUAAAAUCAGUAAUAAAGCAGCUGCAGAGAAACCUAAAACAAAAACAAUCAAUGUCAACUCUGUAAAGGUUUUACCGAUCGAUGCUAAACUAUCAUCAACUAGCUCAUUCAAUGCAAAGAUUGUACCAGAGACAAAGAUUUUCAAAGGUGAAAUCUUAUUAGAAGGAAUUAAAAAUGAUGGUACUUCAUUACGUUGGUAUAAACAUGUUGGAUAUACAUUUGAUGCAGAGAACAACGGUUAUUUACCAUUGCUCGAUAACAGACCAAUGAAAACUGUCAAUAGAAAGCUAUUCAUUGUACCAACCAAAGAGAUUGCUAUGGCUAUUGCAACAGAGUGGAUGGUUCAAGGAAAAUAUAUUAUGCCACAUAGAUUACCAUUGACAACAGUUGCAGCGACAUGUAUUGAUAUGAAUCCAGAAUCAAGACAGAAAUGUAUCGAUGAAUUGAUCGGUCAUCUUGCAACCGAUCAAGUUUGUAACCGUGACUCUGACGAAACUCAACUAAAGAAACUUCAAAACGAAGCAUUCGAUGACCUCUUACAUUGGUCAUCCGAUUACUAUGGUAAACCAUUCUAUUUAUCAUUCGAUCUCGAUCUUUCAAGACAUCCACCAUCAUUAUUAAAGACAAUUAGAGAACAUUUAGAAUCAAUGAAUAAUUGGCAAUUACUAUGUAUGCAAACAUUGACCACCAGUACCAAAUCAUUUUUGAUAUCGUUGAAUUUGUAUUACAAUCGUGUACGUCUCGACAAACUUUACAAGAUUGUUGCUUUGGAAGAGGAAUUCCAAUCAGAGACAUGGGGUAAGAUCCCAUUCGGUCACGAUCUAGCGGAAAUGGAAACUUUAAAUGAAAUUGCUCCAGCUCUCUUUGUAUUGAGAUCAAUCGACCCACUACCAUUACCAAAUAAACCAAAAAAUUAA